AUGUUUUCAGAAUAUGCCUCUCGCUUUCUUGCCCAGUCACAAUCCCGAAUAGUCCCUCAACCGGAUCAGCCUCAAAGAAAGUCCUAUGGCCGCCGCACACAACAGACGGGGGCCUCCCGGUUCAACUCUCGUUCAUUUCUCCAGAGAGCACACGCGGAUCCGUACCAACAGGGUGCCUCGCAGAUCUCCCACUUCCCUUUCAGUUCCCGACACCAACCGGCUCCUCUCUUUUACAGCGCCACAGAUGAAUUUCGUGAGGAAGACGACGAAGCUGAGCAUGAGCGCGAGAUCGCCGACUUCUAUGCGCUACAACGAUCACGGAGGCACUUUGGGGGUAGCCAGCUCAAAGAAUCCUCGGAGCUUGACGACGAUGACAGCUCUCUAGGCUACAGCGAUCAAAGACUACUUUCAGACGACGCUCCGGGGAAAGGAAAGGGGAUUAAGAGCUCGUGGCGUGCAGACGAGUCCGGUUACAGAGGCCGAAAUGUGGCAGCUGAACCCAUGGACGGGCUAGCUGAGGAUGACCGCGAGUUUGCUGCUGAAGAGAGCAGACCCCGGACCAGGGAUAAUCUAGUGGAUGUGCGACUUGAAGAUACCUUGAGGUCCGAACUGGAUGCGGAUAGGGAUGACCCUCCCGAUUUUGGGGACGAGAACCCUCCUUCUAUCCAGCGAUUCCGGGAGCUGCCUCAGUCUCGGAGGGGAAAUUUCGGGGCAGAGUCACUCCUCACGUCGCCUGCAAGAGACAAGGAUGUCGCGAUAGAUGAGAAUCCCCGGCCAUCGAGUGCUGCCGAGUCAUAUCAGACAUCGAAUGCCGCGGCAAGAUUGGAUUCUCCAGCAUACGAUGCUUUCUGGGGCCAGCUCUUCUUGAUAUCUUUAGCCUGCCUUUUCGCUACCGCAUUCCUUGUCUACCUGCAUACUUCGUCGCCACCAAAGGACAGGUCCAAACUGGGGGACACAAUAUAUACCACCAUCCAUCGAUCCUAUUACUUGCUGGGCGUUUAUACUCUCGUUUCGGUAUUUGUGUCGCUGCUGUGGCUGGCCCUUCUACGUUCAUACGUCCGUCAUCUGGUUUACUUCAUGGUCAUCGCUGUUCCAAUCAUCCUGUACUCGUUUGCGCUCUAUCCUUUUGUUUCCAGCUUCAAGGGAUCCUGGCACGGAUCAAGCGUGCAGGACAAAGUGAUGAGAGCCGGCUCCAUCAUCCCGUUCAUUAUGGCUACCGCAUGGGUAUACAAUGUGCUUCGUGGUCGUCACGCCAUCGGUAGAGCGGUCGCUAUUCUCGAAUUCGCGUGCCGGAUCCUCGCUGCGAAUGCCGAGCUACUUGCGCUCGGACUGGGUGUGCUCGCCCUCACGGUUACAUGGACGUGGGUGUGGAUGCUCAUGUUCACUCGGGUGUUUCUGGGCGGGCAUCUGGCCGGGUCCAAACACUUCAUCAUCAAUUUGAGCAGCUGGUGGCUUGGGAUAUACUUCAUCCUCGUCUAUGUAUGGUCCCUUGGGGUCGUUGCCGGCAUUCAACGGGCGGUGUCUGCGGCGACCGUCAGCCAGUGGUACUUCCACCGGCUUGCAACCCCUGCUCCUACCUCCAGGCAAAUUGUCCAGGCAGCGGUUAGUCAUUCUCUGACAACGCUCUUUGGCACAAUCUGCCUGUCCCGGCUGGUUGCUCUGCUCGUACGGCUUCCGCUGAUCCUUCUUCCAAGCCGCCUUUCCUCGAUCUUGGGUCUGUUUGCAUAUUCGCUUGUGCCCACGCCCAUCACGGCACUCACGGACCCUCUCGCGCUCACAUAUGCUGCCAUCCACUCCCAGCCACUUUCUGUCUCCGCGCGCGGUCUCACCCGGAUGACCAACUUAUCAACUCCCAUUGCCACAUCUUCCCUGCAUCCACGUUCAUUUUCCUCAUCCCGCGAUAACUCCCCACCGCUUCUUCCAUACCGGCUGUCGAAGCUCAUUCUGCACGCUGCCCGCCUCAUGAUGUCGUUGGCCCUUGGAUUUGGAGGCUGGGUGACCACCGCUCGAAAUCUAGGUGUAUCUACUAGCAGCGGGACGAUCCGCGGCAGCGUGUACGCCUACGUGGUCGGUCUCAUUGCAGGGACCAUCGGCUGGAGUGUCCUCGGGGCCGUGGAGGGCGUGAUCGCCGACAUCGUGGACGCUUCCAUCAUCUGCUGGAGUAGCGAGGUAGGCACCAGUGGCCGCGAAGCGCGGUACUGCCGAGAAGCCGGGUGGUUGUUUGGAGAGGAGCCGCGAUACGCACGUUAUGAUGAUGAUAUGCCUUAG